CCACGGGCGGCCGGCGGCCGUGCGGGCAGCUGGAGCGGAGUCCGGCACCGCUAGUGCCGGCUGCGGGCGUGGGGGGUUCUGGCCUUCGGAAUUACAGGAAAAAGCGUUACUUGUGCUCAGCCGGGCAACUUCCCGUUUUGUCCGUCCCUUCGCGGUCGCGGGGAGGCCGAGGUCCUGUUAAAACAAGGGUGGUUGAGCAUUUUCUGCCCAUAAUUACUGAGAAGGAAAUGUUCAGCAAUUUGAUCUGGAUGUUUGUUCUGCUCUGCAGCUCUGUAGCAGAUGAAAACUCUAUCAGAGAUGCUGACAUUUUUCCUUCAUCUCCUGAAAUUGAAAGAGGAUCCUCAGUGGAACUAUCCUGUGUUCUUAGAAAGAACUACAUGCCACAGAGGAAUGCAAGCCACAUCAUUUGGAAAUUGAAUGAUGAAUUGAUUGCUCCAGAAAACUAUAACAUUGUGAAUGAGACUGUAUCUAAUAUAACAAUUCAUAAUUUCACUUACAGCACAGCUUAUGUGGAAUGUUUAAUGAAGUACUUGGACAAGGAACUACCUCUGGUUGACACAGAAGUUAAAUCUGGCUUUCGUCCAGACAUGCCAGAAAAUAUUUCCUGCAUUUAUUUCUAUGAUGUUAACCUUACCUGUACCUGGAAUGCAGGAAGAGAAACAAGUUUUACAACAAACUAUACUCUGUACCGAAAACUGAUGUCUUCUCCCGAUACAGUCGGAUCCUGCUUGACUACAACAGAGUCGUGUUCAUUUUUUUAUCCUGACAAUGUUUAUAGUAAUGAUUUUUGUUUUCAAGUGGAAGCUAAAAAUGUUUUGGGUUCAUCCUUAACAGAGUGUGCCCCCAUCCCUUUGCAAAAAAUAGAGAAAUUUGCCCCUCCUGAAAUACUUUCAGUUAAAAAAAUUCCUGGUAUAAAGCAGUUACUUGUGGUAACCUGGAAAAUGCCUGAGAAGAUUAUCCCUUUAAAACAUAUUAUUUGCCAGGUUCAAUACAGAAACUUGUAUUCAAACUUUACCGAAUUUGUCAAUGUCUCACUGAAUUCUAAGAAGAGCAUAGGAUCAUGUAAUCUCACAGGUCUGUGGGACUCCACAGACUAUUCUGUUGCCAUUCGGUGUGUCAAUAAUGAGUCAGCAUUUUGGAGUGGAUGGAGUGGAGAGAAAAACGAAAGCACAGAAGAAAAAGCUCCUUCAGGAAAAGUGGAUUUGUGGAGGGUAAUUGAGUCUUCACGCUCAUCUAGAAAUAGAUCUGUACAUCUUAUGUGGAAGCCAUUAAAAAGCUUUCCGCCUUCUGGGAGAAUUCUAGGCUACAAAAUACGGUAUUUUCCAGAAAACAAGGCUGCACAUAAAAGUACAAACAACUCUACUGAACAGAAAAUGACCUUACUUUUAAAUGAAGAGGCACAUAUAAUAUCUGUCACUGCUUAUAACUCUGCUGGAGAGUCUCCUGAAGCUAUUUUGAGGAUUCCAUCCCCUGAUGAAAAAUCCUCUCAGAUGAUUGAAAAAGUGGUGACCUCUACAACAAAUGAAGAAGUGGUGGUGCAGUGGAUAACCUCUGAACCAGAAACAACCAAAUAUGUGGUUGAGUGGUAUGAGGAAUUGGAGAUGGAUCCUUUUGGUAGAUCAUGGCAAUAUGUAUCAAAUUCUACCAAGUGGAAAAAUAACAAAAAAAACUUUAAACCGUUUAUAUGCUACAACAUCUUGGUGUAUCCUCUUUAUGGAAGUAAUGUAGCAGCUCCAUCUUACACACAAAUCUAUGCUGAAGAAAAAAAGCCAUCAGAAGGACCUGUGGCUGAUACAGGCAUUCUGGGGAAAAAUGAAGUUACAGUAAAGUGGAAUGAGAUUUCAAAGGCUAAAAGAAAUGGAUUUAUCACUAACUAUACAAUAUUUUAUAAACCUGAAGAUGGAAAAGAAUUGAAUGAAACAGUGAACUCUGAUGUUCUACAAUACAGACUGAAGUCCCUACAGGCUAAUACACAAUAUACUGUUCAGAUCAUGGCAAGCAACAAAGCUGGGGGAACCAUUGGAGAGCCAAAAACCUUCAAGACUUUAAAAUUAGAUAAAGAAGAUAUCUUUUUUAUUGCUAUACCUGUUGAGAUAAGCAUUUUGUGUCUGAUAGGCCUUUGGAUAACGUGCGUUUUGAAAAAACACGCGUUUAAAAAAGUUUGCUGGCCUGAUAUACCAAAUCCUGAAGAAAGUCUUGCAGUGGAAUGGCCUCUUGCUUCAUCUGUGAAUAAUUCAUUUUUGAAGAGAAUGUCAUCUCAGACUAAAACUGUAGACUUUGAAGAAAUAAAUGUUUUGGAAUAUUGUUUUCCUGAAGAAAGUCAGGAAGGAUCCCUACUAAUAAAUUAUGAAAACCAUGUUUCUGAAUGUACUGAUUUUAAUACCAAAGGUAUAACUAACAGAGAUGAAAAGAUACUGCAUAAUGAAGAGAAUGAAGCUGCUAAGAGUUUUUCCCCAUCUAUGCCUUAUAUAAUCACUGAUCAAUUUACUACAAGUCAAAUGCAUUCAGCUUUGAUACCAGUGAAGGAAGUCCAGCCCAUAGAAGUGGUGGCAAAUGAUUUAUGUGGAUCUCAGCAGAAUCCAACUAAAAAUGAAGAAAAUGAUGAUGAGGAAGGUUUAAGGCUGGAAGAUUUCAGUAAAAAACCACUGUUCAAUCCGUAUCUUAAAAAUUCAGUUAAAACCAGGGAAUUUCUUGUUUCUGAGAGCAUGCCAGAACACAGUACGGAUGAAUGCAAAAGCCAGUCAGGUGUCUUACCUCCUUUUCAACCAAGUGUUCUGGGACAAUCCUACGUAACAGUGGAUAUGUUCAGCCUGGCCAAGGGUCAGUAGCAUGAGAGAACUCCAUUGUAAAAUCCUCUUGUGGGAUAUCCCUUGGCACGGCUGCUCACAGGCAUUCACACAUUCUGAGGUGGCUGAUCUGGGUUAAUUUGGAUGGGAACACCCUCUUCCUUCAAACAGUUGUGAAUUAAUUUGUUACACUGUGUGUACACGUCAGAGUUCACUUUCAGUGUGGAUGUUUGAGGUUUUUGUUGGUUUGUUUGGGUUUGUUUUUUUAACCAGACAUGCCAGGAGUGAGACAAAAGAAAUAGCUUUUGUUAUUUCUUCUUAGUUCUCCUGUAUCAACCUGCUAAAACAAACUGAUAUUUGCAGCAGGAGCAUCCAGCAGUACAAGCAGCUCAUCUCUUGCUCCCCACACAACCAGUUCACAAGGCUCAGCUCUGGUGGGGAAACAUGGACAGACUUGAACAGUCAGAAUCUGCCAAAUCCUUCCUUCAGUUACAUGGACCAGAACUACUUUCCUGUUCUUAUUUCCGUUGAUUGAUUUUCAUCUGGUUUUAUAUAUCAUGUUCUUCUUGUUUUACAAAUAUUUUCUACAUUUCAGGAAUUGUCUUUUUGUAUCCGGACUCCUGAAUUAAUAGUUUGGCUUAUAGUUUCUUGUCUUUAAUGAGAGUAUAUUUGCUAUGUUACCUGCAUUUUGGAAAAUGUGUUGUGCUUGCUAUGUUGCUUCCUUUCCUUUCUCAUGGUUUUAAUAGUCCUCAGUAUUUUGUGCUGUUUUUUUUCCUGCUGUUUGUUUCCUAAAAACAAACAGGAGAAACAAAACUUAAAACUGCUUAUUGAAGGAUAACUUUUUAUCUUCUUGCUCUGUCCUUCUAAUUUGUUUCAAUUUAAAACUGUGUUUCCCAGUUGAGAUUUUGAUAUUUUGAACUGAAAAAAAAGUUAACUAAAUAUGUCAUGUUGUGUUAGAAUAAGCAUUGAGUUAGGAAGUUAUUUUUCAGGGAGGUAAUGAAAAAAACACUAAGUUUGUAAAAUCUUCCCAGAUAUUUUCUGUUAAUUGAUUUAGGAUUAGGUAUUUCUACAUGAAGGAUAUAACUUUUGUCAUUUGUUUUAUGAUUUUGUUAAUUCAUAAAUCUAAUUAUAGUUUUCAUUUUACAGAUCAGCAAUUAAGCAGUGAAACACUCACACUAAUUUUUAACAAGAGAGAGGCCAUAAUUGUAAACCUCUUAGUGAAAUGCUCUGCUAAAUAACAGGUUUAAAAAGAUAGAGAGUCAAAUUAAUUGUAUUGGAAGGGGGUGUUCAGUUUGACACAUAUGGGGUAUGUGGCAAUUUUAAGACUUUGAGCUAUUUUUACAGUAUUUAGAGACUUGAUGUUAUCAGUCUUGUUUACACAAGAUUGUAGUUUGCACAAGUACAGAUUUACUUCAGGGUAAAAAAAGAUACAGGAGUUAUGGGGAUAGAAAAAUGAGAGACAAAUGUGAAUAGGAUUAGAAAGCAUUUCCUUUCUGUGCAGGAAGAGGAGUGGAAGAAUGGAAAACUUAUUGUAAGCAUGAAUGAGGAGGCUGAGCCUUUCCCUGGAUGCAGUGGCUAUUACACUGUUUUGGUGAAAACAGUGUGAAGUUUUGCAUUUAGGAUCUUUUUCUGUAGUUUGGAAGCUGCUUUAACUUAGAACAAUGUUCUUCUAGUUGCCGAGAAAGGAUGGGAAAACAAUUUCUGCAAAUGUUCCUUAGCCAGCAACACUGAUUUCCUCCUCUCCUGUUUGUUGGAUCACUUUCUCAACCACAACGCCCCAAGAUGAAAUGCAUAUAUGUUUGCUCUUAUAAGCCCUUCCUGACUUAGGUGAGUCAUACUCUGCAAUCAGGACAAAGCUUUGGUUAGGUCAGUGCUUUUUUUUCUGCUUCUUCAGUUGGUUCUAGACUUCUCACUCACAGCAACAUUGUUGUCUCCCUGGGCUCAGAGCUCACUAAUUCCAUCACAGCAAUUUUUUUCCUUAAAUCUCAGUGUUUGUUUUAAUAUCACCAGAUAUAAAAAUAAACACAUUAUUUUGGGCCUAAUAAACACAAUAUUUUGGGCCUUUCUAGGAAUUGUUUGGCAGCUAUAUGAAAGCUGCAUAUUCUGAGUUGCAUAUUUGAGACAGGUAAAAAGUAAAAAUAAUGCAACCUUUAAGGGGUCGUUAGAAAGGGGAGGUUUCUUGUUGGGUGGCUUGGCUAGGUUACCCUUGUAACAAUUCUUAGGUUCUGGAGGGUAAGUAUAUGCUUCUUUUUUAUCCCCCUGUAUUUCCUUCCCUAUUGAUAUUCUGCUUUUCUCUCCUCCUUUUUCUGCUUCCCUUCUCCAUUAUUUUUCAGAAAAAAGCAAAAUGCUAGAAGUGGGCUCAGUACAUUCCAGAAAGUAAGGCUGCACAUGCCUUGGAAAGAAAGCUUCUUGUACUCGUUUAUUUUGCAUGGAGAGUUGUACUCUAUCUGACCUUUUGCAAUGUGUCUUUCAAACUAACACUGUGAACCAUUAAAAAAUUAAAACUGAGAAAA